CUCUUGGGUUAGAAAGAUGGCUAAACGGCAAAAAAGGUAAAGCUCUAGUCCAUUAACCGACGUAACGGUGUUAGUUCACUUCGCUCCAAACUGUGCCAAGUUCGAAAGACGAAAAAGAAAAACUGAUGGCGUAACACAAACGUCAAAAAGUGCAAAUAUCGUGGUAGUUUCCUUUUACAAUUGUAACUAAUAAUUUCAAUAUUCGAAUCUUGGGACUGUUGGGAUUGACGUAACCUUUGAAUUAGAAAUACAGCGGAAUAUUAUCCUGAAUUUGGACCAAUUCAGAGAAAAUACAAAUACAAUUCCUUUGCGAUGGUUUCUACGGAAUUCCAGAACGAACCAUCUUUGACGCUACAAAUUCAGAUUUCGCGACCAAGAUUCAUCAAUUGGUCCUCGCACUUAAAUGAAACUAGUACUGAACCACCUUAUAACCCGACAACAAAAAGUCCGGUUGAUAACGGAGAAAAUUCGAGCGUGACGGAUAGCUAUAAAAUGGCCGCACAGGUGGCCGUUGGUGCUGCUAUUAUCGUGGCUCUGACUAUACUUUUGGCGCUUAUCUGGAACGCAUUCAAGCGUCGUUUUCCCAACAGCAAUAAUUCGGGAGCGGCGUCUUCGACUUCGAGACGCUACAGCACUGAUAGCUUCGACAGACUGGUGGAGGAUCGAUUGCGCAACCGUCCGCCUCCGUACAGUCCCGAUCAAGAUAAGCCGCCCUCGUACGAAGAAUCCUUUCACGACACAACCCAUCGCCAUCACUCGCCCACCUCGAGAAGAAGAAGUCGGGAUCGACGACGCCUUCAGCGUGAAGCGGCCAGCAGUUUAGAGGUGCCUCGUGUGCACGAAAUAACCAACAGGUACCCAUCAGCGGCUCCGAGUGAUGGCGGCCAAGAAUCGACUCGAGUGUCGCUCCCGAGUUACAGCACGGCCAUCCGAUCCGUCAGCUAUGACAAUCGGGCCUUUUCGGCCGAAGAACCGGAACGGCCAGCAAUGUCGACGGUCCUGACGGACAUUCCCAGCAUUUCAAUGGCCGUUUACGUGAACGAAAGGGAAUUGUCGCUCGGCUGCCAGGACGGCGAUAACGACGACGGUAUCGUGAUGCUUCACCUUUAAAUAAAUGUAUAGCGCGUGCAGCUUUGCGGUUGUUAACAAUAGCAAAAUGGUUGUGAUAAUAGUUUCCGCUUCGGGGCUAUUCUCACG